GCAGAGGGAAGCGCAGCUCCGGAGGUGAUCUUGUCAUCCGAGGAGGCACGGUUCCAGUCAACGCUUGGAUCCGAUCCUUCUCCCCCUGUUCCGAACCGGUCAGAAAUGCCCAUCUCAGAGCCCCCAAGUCCCUGUGCAAGAGGCGGGCCAGGGUUGCGUGCAGCCUCCCGCCCCGCCCCGGGCUGUGCCGUGCGCGCCACCGCUGCCGCCAGUCUGCCCCUGGGGCCCCCGCCUCCGUCCACCAGUGGGCGACCGCGUCCCCCCCGCCCGGGAGUGAGUCCAGCGCCACAGCCCCGCCGGGUGGGUUCAGGAGGCCUUUGGAGAGCGCAGGCCAGGGACGCGCGGUGAGCCCCACGUGUGACCCACAGGGAUCCCGGUGACUUCUCUGCAGACCCUUUGCCAUGACACCCCACCAAGGACAGGGGGAAUAAAGUGGGAAUCCUCUCCCAUGUCCCUCCCGUGGUCAGCUCCCCAAUGGCCUGGGUGAGGGCGGACAGGCUGCUCUGACACCAUGGGGAGCUGCUGUAGCUGCCUGGACAGAGACAGCGUGCCACACAACCACCCUACCAAGUUCAAGGUAACAAAUGUGGAUGACGAAGGAGUGGAGCUGGGCUCAGGGGUGAUGGAGCUGACACAGAGUGAGCUGGUGCUGCACCUGCGCCAGCGGGAAGCUGUCCGUUGGCCCUACCUCUGCCUGCGGCGCUAUGGCUACGACUCCAACCUCUUCUCCUUUGAGAGUGGCCGCCGCUGUCAGACGGGCCAGGGGAUCUUCGCAUUCAAGUGCUCACGGGCUGAGGAGAUCUUCAACCUGCUGCAGGACCUCAUGCAGUGCAACAGCAUCAACGUGCUGGAAGAGCCGGUCAUCAUCACACGUAACAGCCACCCCCCAGAGCUCGACCUCCCUCGAGGGCCUCCACAGCCCACUGGCUACACUGUCUCCAGCUUCUCCAAUGGCUUCCCUGGCUGCCCUGGAGAGGGCCCACGCUUCUCUGCUCCCCGCCGACCCUCUACAAGCAGCCUGCGACACCCCUCGCUUGGGGAAGAGUCCACCCACACCCACAUUGCCUCUGAUGAUCAGUCUCACACCUAUGUCAACACACCAACUGGUGAAGAGGAUCACCGCAGGAGUCGCCACUGCCUGCAGCCACUGCCUGAGGGCCGGGCACCCUUCCCACCACAGACACGGGUUUCUGACCAGCGGGACCCGCAGGUGUUCUUGCAGCCGGGGCAGGUCAAGUUUGUGUUGGGCCCCACCCCUGCUCAUCGACAGGUGAAGAAGUGCCAGAGCCUCUGCCCCAGCAUGCAUGAACCUCCUCACCACCACAACAACAACGAGGGCCCUUCCGAGUGCCCAGCCCAGCCCAAAUGCACCUAUGAGAAUGUCAGUGGGGGCCUGCGGCAAGGGGGUAGCUGGAGACUGAGCCCUGAGGAGCCAGGGUGGAGUGGCUUGGCCCACCGUCGGGCUGCCCUGUUGCACUAUGAGAACCUACCCCCGCUUCCUCCUGUGUGGGAGAGCCAAGUCCAGCAGCUGGGUGGGGAGGCCGGGGAUGAUGGGGACUCCAGGGAUGGGCUUACACCAUCCUCAAAUGGCUUCCCUGAUGGUGAGGAGGAUGAAACCCCGCUACAGAAACCCACCAGCUCCCGGGCCUCUGCCCGUAGCCACAGCAGCUUCCCUGUCCCACUGACCCGCCGCCGAGGCUCCCCAAGGGUCUUCAACUUUGAUUUCCGCCGUCCGGGCCCUGAGCCCCCAAGGCAGCUCAACUACAUCCAGGUGGAGCUCAAGGGCUGGGGCACAGGUCGUCCCAAAGGAACCCAGAACCCCUCAGUGUCUGGAGCUCCUGGGCCCACCCCGCACCCUCCUCGCAGCUCAGAGUCCUAUGCCGUGAUUGACCUCAAGAAAACGGUGGCCAUGUCCAACCUGCAGAGGGCCCUGCCCCGAGAUGACGGCACUGUCAGGAAGACUCGGCACAACAGCACCGACCUGCCUCUGUAGACCUGGUCCUCCUCCUGCCUCUGCCUACAGCAGGGAGACCUCCACCUCACCCACCAGCCCAGGACUCACAGCCGCUUUCAGAAGACACUGGGGUAGACCAGGUGUUUCUCUGCAUUGCUGGAGUCCCCAAAGAUGUCAGCCACUAACUGUCCAGUUCCCCAAGCUGGGGAGAGAAGAGGGUGAGCUGGAGAGGAGGGAGCCAUGGUGUAAACUGUGAAGGUUCCCAAGGUUGCAUUUCGCACCCUUCCUAAUGUCCAUCUGUCUAGUCUGUCAGCUGUCUGUCUAUGGAUGUGUUUUCUUCUUUUCCUUUUUUUUUUU